CCGAGGUCCCAUCAAUAAAAUAUAUCGGUCUUCAAGUCCAACUAAUAACACUGCGAGACGCCCGAGGUCUAAAAUUGUGAGCCAAUCUCACGAGAUUGAUCGUACCGUGAAACAAAGUCGUGUGAUCAAAUCAAAGGAUUCUCGGAGACGGGAGACGCGAAAGGUACGAUUGAAAUUCCGAGGAAUCCAAGUCCCGUGGCGCAGUCGGAUCUUCGAGAGCCGUCUGUGAUAACAGGUUCCUUCAAUUGCAAGUUCCCAGUAAAGUUCCAACGCAGAGAUGACCGAAGGUACCGAUGGCAAGCCUGGCACGAUGAUCAGCAGAGUCCUCGCAAUGAUCGGAGGAGAUGGAGAAGAUAGUUAUGCGAGGAAUUCAUCUUUUCAGCAGGAGGUCAUCAGCUCGGCUGACGCCGUUCUCGCUACUGGCAUCGAGCAGCUGACUCUGCCUGCUCCAAACGCAGGACCCCUCGUCAUCUCAGAUCUGGGCUGUUCAUCAGGACCAAAUACGGUCAACAUUGUGAGUCGUUUGGUGAAGAUGUUGAAAUCGGAGUAUCAAAGGCGCGGACGAGAUGAUUAUGAAUUUCAGGCGUACUUCAAUGACUUGCCCUCGACAGAUUUCAACUUUCUCUUUGAGCUUCUUUCCUCGGAGCGUCGAGAAUUUUUCUAUGCUGGUGUGCCUGGAUCCUUUUAUGAACGCAUCUUCCCCAAGUCGUCAGUGAAUGUGUUUCUUUCCACCAACACACUGCACUGGAUUUCUCAGGCUCCUCGCGAAGUCACAGAUGAGAAUUCUGCUGCAUACAACAAAGGCAGAAUCUGGCUUCACGGUGCCAAUGAACACGUGAUCGAUGCUUACAAGCGGCAGGGAGAAAAUGACAUGAGAAACUUUCUCGACGCUAAAGUGCAGGAGCUGGUUCCGGGAGGAUUGCUCUACUGCAUUUUCGGGAGCGCUAGGAUUGAAAACGGCGAUACGCGAGAGCAAUAUCUUGCACCGUUCUCGGAAGACGAAACAUCGACCAAUGUGUCAUUCGGGAGGAUACUCGAGCACGUUUGGGAUGAAUUGAUAGCGGAGGGUCUUCUCACUGAGGAGCAGCGGGCUCGUUGCAACUUGCCCUGGUACAAGUUAUCGGAGGAAGAAUUGAGAGAUAUUCUGAAGUCUUAUGAAGAUGUCUUUAAGAUUGUACUAUUGCAGAAUAUGGAACAGCCAGUAUGCCGCACACGUGAUCAACAGGAAUUGGAUGAUUUAAUGAGGAUGGCACGAUCGAUUUAUGCACCGUUCUUCAAUUCCUUCAUCGGAGCCGAAUCGAGCGCCAUUUUAUUCGCCAGAUGGGGAGAACGAUUCGGAGAAAGGAUUCAGAAUAGGACUGUGUCACCUUCGUACUGUUCUCACGUUUUGGCUCUCCUCAGAUUAUAGCCCGCUUCAGGCAAAUGUUGUAGAGUGGGACGUCGAUCGCAUCGAUUCGAUCCCAAAAGGUUCUUGUUAUACACAUAUAUUAUCAGAAAUGUACAAUUUGUUGCAAAUGUUGUUAGCUGUCCUUCGCAGUGUCAUCAUAUUCGGUGCUCCGAAUAACCUCAAAAAGCCUUCUGGGGGUAAUGUUUCUAAGUUUAAAGAAUUUGUGACGCUUGUGUCUGAAGAAAACAUUCUACUUCAAAGAUCUUUAUCUCCGACGAUAUUGCGACCGCGUACUCUCCGGCUAUUCUUUUUAGUUUUGUUUUGGGCAGAUUGAACUACUUGAUGGGACCCCAUCAGAAUGUGUAAGUUUUGAUGGGACCAAUACUUUCUAAUUUUUGAAUUUUUUCUUAUUCUAUGAAGCAAAGGUGAUGACUCAGUUUAGAAGGUUAGCAAAUGUAAAUGUGAGGAUUUGGAUAAUCUUCCUACUGAAAAUUUCAGAGCUUAUAUUGGA